AUGUCAAUUGGUACUAUUAUUGUGCCUUUAUCAUUGAUUCUAGCAAGUUUUGCUACACAACUUUGGCAUGUUUAUCUUUCACAAGGGAUCUUAUUUGGCAUAGGAGCCUCCUUUGCCUUUUCAUCUUCCAUAACACUCCCAUCUCAAUGGUUUAAUUCAAAAAGAGCUCUUGCUACUGGUAUUGCACUUAGCGGAUCAAGCAUAGGAGGAGUAUGUUUAUCACCUAUGAUUGAAAAACAAUUUACCACAAUAGGACUUCGCAAUACACUUCGAGUUCAAGGCUGUUUUGGAUUUGGUUUACUUUGUCUUUCUACUGCUUUAGCUACAUCUCGAUAUCGUCCUCCUUCAUCUCUGAAUGGUAAAGAUAAAUGGUACCAUAUUUAUGAUGCUAGUUUAAUAUCACGUCAAUUUCUAUUGCUAUGGGCAUUUGGAUUUUUUCUCCCAUUUGGCUAUCUUGUUCCUUUCUUCUUAACUCCACAAUACGUUCAAACUCUGGGGCUAGGUCCUUCUGAUGGAGCAGCUAUGAUCUCUGUCAUGUCAGCCGCGAAUACUAUUUGCCGUCUUAUCAUAGGCUAUCUUACAGAUCUUGCAGGUAAAUUCAAUACAAUGCUUGUAUGUACAUUAUUAGCAGGACUGUUUACUAUGAUCCUUUGGCAGUUUUCUACUAAUUAUCUUACCUUUGUAGUAUACUGUAUAUUAUAUGGAUUAAUGGCAGGAGGAUUUAUAUCACUUUUACCGGUUAUAACUGCUGAUAUUGUAGGUGUCGAAAAUAUUCAAAAAGGAUUAAGCAUGAUAUACAUGACUACAGUUAUAGGCAAUUUACUUGGUACGCCUAUAAUAGGACUUUUGUUAGAUGCAUCAAAUUGGACAGCUGCCAUUCAAUUCACAGGUUCUAUGUUAGUGAUCUCCGCUUUAUUUAUGCUUAUUCUUCGCAUGCUUGUAGCAAAAGGCGAAAUUUUUGUUAAAGUAUAA